UACGGAUUGCGUCUUACGGACCCGCGGGAGCCGAGGACGCUCGCCUUUUCCGGGUCGGGGAGGGGGGGGAGAGAAUCACUUCCGUUCGUCGUGUGACGUCACUUCCUCCCAAGCUUGGCGUUUGGUCGGUGGGGCCCCACGCGGGUUCAACAUGCGUAUCGAGAAGUGUUAUUUCUGUUCGGGGCCAAUCUACCCUGGCCACGGCAUGAUGUUCGUCCGCAACGAUUGCAAGGUGUUCAGAUUUUGUAAAUCCAAAUGUCAUAAAAACUUUAAAAAGAAGCGCAAUCCUCGCAAGGUCAGGUGGACUAAAGCCUUCCGGAAAGCAGCCGGUAAAGAGCUUACAGUGGAUAAUUCAUUUGAAUUUGAAAAACGUAGAAAUGAACCUGUCAAAUACCAGAGAGAGCUAUGGAGUAAAACUAUUGAUGCAAUGAAGAGAGUUGAAGAGAUCAAACAGAAACGCCAAGCCAAAUUUAUAAUGAACAGAUUGAAGAAAAAUAAAGAACUACAGAAAGUUCAGGACAUCAAAGAAGUCAAACAAAGCAUCCAUCUUAUCCGAGCGCCUCUUGCAGGUAAAGGAAAGCAGCUGGAAGAGAAAAUGGUACAGCAAUUACAAGAGGAUGUGGACAUGGAAGAUGUUUCUUAAAAAUCUCACUGUAAUCAUUUUUAUAUGUACAUUUGAAAGUGUCCUUUGGAGACUAGAACUUCUAAGUUAUUGAUUUAUUUUUUACAUAAGGUCACUCAAAUGAAAGGUGAUUAAAAAUGUAUUUCCUACAUUGCUGUCUGCAAAACAUCAGAUAGUAUGGAUGUUAGAUUGCAUCUCAAUGUUAAGCCUUCACUGAUAGAUGUGCUUAUGUAAAUUAUGAAAAUUCUGUUUGUAAAUACAGAAAUGAAUUAUGGACAAAAUGGUCAUGCCAUUUGGAUAAUGGCACUAGAGAACAUCUGUGUAAUAACUAAGGAGAAAAAUUCUGGCUAGUGAUAUGUAAAAUAAAAUUUUCUUUGCAGUAAAAUUCUCUUUAUUAAUGUUAUAGAAGGGGAGAUACAACAAGGAACUAACAAUUUGUGACUAUCAGCUUCAAGUACUCUUUUAUUUUGAUUAGUAUUUCCUGUUUUGGGUUAUUAGCAUCUUACAAGAAGAGCAUAAUGGCCUCUUCUUGUGAAGCCUAAUUAUACUGAACUGUUCUGGCUUGGUUUCACUAUGGAUGUUGAGGAUGAAAGCUGAAUAAUCUUUGCCUAAAUGGCACUAUGUAAUUUCCACUUUGGAGUAUACUCAGUUCUAACUUGUGAUUCCUGGUACAACAGGCUGUAUUUUUCUAGCCCAGCAGUGAUCUAGAAGCAGAGGAAUCCCAGUGCCUUUGAAAAUUUUUUGUGUGUGAUUUUCUGUAUAAAAGCUCCUGAUUAUUUUUGGAAAAUAGAGUUUGUGGGUAGAACAUCUGUCCAUUAGUUGUACAUAAAAUGAAACCAUUUCAAAAGUAAUGCUGCAUUUUAUUAAUCCACUCAUGUAUUGAUGGGCACCCCAUAAUAUUCUGAAAUAAAAAAAUUAAAUAAUGCUGAUAUAUUUAUUAUUUAAAGGCACUAAAUAAAGAUAUGAAGUAUCGAU